AUGGAGAUUGCUCAGAAUUUUAUGGGUCCUUUAGCAACGGACACAAUGACCCGAAUAAACGAAAAUGGCAAUGUCGUGGGGACGAUUAUCGUGAACUGUGAAGGGUUUCCGGAGACCACGACUCUGGACAGUUUGACAGCGGCCACCUAUUCCACUCAUAUGAGAAAUUUAUCGCAUCACGCGACGAAUGCUCUUAAAGAAAUUGACGUGACGGAUGAGUUAAUGGUUUUGCGUCUGGUCUCCAAGAAGACAGAAGCAGUGGUCGCACCAGAUCAUGAAUUUCAUUUAAUUGUGGUCAUGAGGAAGGCUUGA